AUGGCCUCGCCAGACGAACAAGACGUAAAGCUCAGCGUGCCGAAAUUCUCCUCUUUUAAAUCCAAGGACGCAAGCAAAGAGAACCCCACAAAGCUCGAGAAGCAGCAUGAGAUUCGCCGGAAGAAGCAUGCUCGCGAUGACGACAGAUCAAGCAGCCGCCGGUCUGAUGAGGAUCGUGGUUCAAGGCGCAGUGGCCGAGAGUCUCGUCGCCACAGAGACCACCGCCGGGAUCGAGACCGAGACCGAGCUCGUCGGGAGCCUUCCAGUCGUGAGAAAACGGCGGAUGCAGCAGAAAAGCCGAAGUCUGUUUCCAAGCCACAGGGUGUUCCCGGCCUCUUCGUGAUUGACACCAAAGGCGACCCCCUAAUAAUAAAAUAUGGGGGCAUUGACAGAUCACAGGUUCCUGCUUACCGUCGCCAUGGGGGUGGUAGGGUCCUUGGUACGGAGGGUCGCCUAGUCAUACACCGUGAUGGCCCACGAGAUCAGUUUAGUCUCCGCAUGCCCGGCGAAGGCUUUCACACCUUUUCUGGUAGAGAUGGGCUUCGAUCCAAGAUGCCAAGGGUGGAAUCUAGGCAAAUCAGGGCCGUUACUAGGAGUGUUGAUGCAGAUACUGCGUAUGAGAUUGAAGGAUACCUACCCUUGAGUUCAUCUAAAAAACGAAAGCGUGAUCAGCGAGAUGAAGAGUCUUCAGAUGAUGAACGUCCUUCAUAUCGGUCCAUUGAGGGCAAGGCCAAGCCACGGCAGCCCUCAGAGAGUGGCUCGGAUGAGGACUCUGAUAUGUCAAUCGACAUGCUGGCAGUAGACCAGAGCAACCCACUGAAGAAAAAGUCCAUAAAGCUCAGCAAACAAGUAAAGGAUACCCCAGAAGAUAUCGACGCCUGGCUAGAGCUUGUAGACCAUCAAGAUGCUUUGCUAAAAGCUGGGGAAGAUUUGGAUCAUUCGAUACUAGAAAACGAAGCUCAUAGCUUUGCAGAGAUUAAAGUAUCCAUGCUGGAGUCGGCUCUUCAGAACACAAGAAAUGCGGAAGACCGCAGACGAGUUCUCGUUUACUUGAUGCGAGAGGGCGCCAAAGUGUGGACCAGCAAAGCGACUACAAAGAAAUGGUCAGAAGUCCUAAAGGAUGAGGACAAUCAUUUUCUCCUGUGGAAAACUCACCUUGACUUUUCGACGUCCAACAUCACAACAUUUCAGUAUGAUGACAUCAAGAAAAUACUUCUAGACAGGCUACGCAUUACCCUCUCCCGUCUGACAUCAAAUCAGCCCAAUGGCGCCAUUGAGGAAGCCAUAUUUGUGUUCCUGAGGGCCACUCGUUUUGUCCAUGAUGCUGGCUACAAGGAACUGGCUGUUGCGGCUUGGCAGGGUCUCUUAGAGCUCAAUUUCUUUAGGCCCCUGGCCAUUGAGGACGAGCAGUCUGCGCUAGAGUCUUUCCACGAUUUCUGGGAAAGCGAAGUACCUCGGAUAGGCGACAUCGGUGCCAACGGUUGGAGACAUUACGUCGAAACCGGGAGCGAUGGGGAUGCAGCAGAGCCGGUAGAGGCAGCCCCGGUCGCACCAUCUUCCUCACGAGACGUCUACAAAGCCUGGGGCCAUCUCGAACACUCUCGCUCUGAAGCAGCAAAGAUGCCAGCAAGGACGAUGGAUGAUGGAACAGAUGAUGAUCCGUUUAGAGUCGUAAUGUACUCUGACAUCCAGCCAUUCCUGUUUCUCAUACCGAACUCUAUUCUACCAGAGGUUUCAACGCAAUUGAUUGACGCAUUUUUACUCUUCUGUGGCUUUCCUCCGGCAUUUAGAGCGAGUAAUUGGACAGAAACAGCCUAUGACGAUCAGUUCAUCUCAUCAUCGCUCGUCAAGAUUGACUUACAGCCGAUUAAGCAUCAUGACGACGAUAUGGAGAAUUGGCACAAAAGCGACCCGCGAUUUGACAUGGGCGUAAAGGCAGCUGUUUCUCCUUCUUUACUAUUUGGUGGCUCAAAGUGGUUUCAGUACAUUCCUGCCGGGUCUCAGAAUCCUAUAGCGAGCUCGCUCUGGGUAUCGGAGGCACUGAGGCAACUUGUUCACAUUGCGGGAAUUGAGGGUCUGGCUCAAUACUACCUUGCCACGGUCUUCUCGAAUGAGCAGACGAGCGUCAAGAAGUCUGCCAAGGCCUUACUCAAAAAAUAUCCUGCGAAUUCCGAGCUCUAUAAUGCGUAUGCAGUUGCUGAAUCUGCCAACGAUCUAAAUGUGGCGAGCAAAGUGCUGGGAGCUGCAAUUGAGUCCUCAUCGUUAUCUGCGAAGUGGUACAAGUUCCUGUUCUAUGGAAGCUGGAGCUGGAUGGAGUUUGAGGCGGGACACAUUGACUUGGCAAAAGUGCGUCUCUGUGCAUCGGUGGACGAGAAUUUGAAGGGGAAGGAUACAGGUACAGAUAUUCCUGAAGUUGGCAGCACCACACUUCUCAAGGCCCACCAAACGUUUACUUCGGAUUUUCACGAAUACUUGCACGGCGGCGAUGUCAUUGGGGCGAGCGUACUCGCAGAAUGCAUGAUUUUACUAUCAUAUCUCACGGCCCCGGGAAAUUCAGAACCCACAUCAGUAUCGCAAGGCAAUAUUGCUGCUGCGAUGAACACUGUGGAUAUGAUAUCUCAGGAAUUUCAGUCCCAAGACCGUUUGAUGGCGCAUGAGCGUGUCCUUCAGUAUGCGGCUCAUCUACUUUAUCUACACGCAUCGAAAGGACCAUUUCGGAGAGUAUACUUGCGCGAGAAGCUGUCAGGUUUCAUCAGGCAGUUUCCACGAAAUUCAGUUUUCCUUUCCAUGUUUGAAUGGGCUGAUGCGAGUCUUCGGGUCAUUGACGAGACGCGUGACCUUUUGUAUGACCAUGUGUUAGUGAAGCAGCAUGACUGCAUUAGCAGCCGCGUCUUUACCAUUCAACACGAGCUUACACAUGGCAACGCUAACACGACAAAGACUGCAUUUGAGCAAGCUCUGGCGAGUGACGUUUGUCAGAACAGUCCCGCAUUGUGGAUGUCUUACAUUCGAUUCUGCAACGGCCAGAAGCAGUUCCGCGCAAAGGCGAAGGAUGUGUUUUACCGGGCACUAAGGCAUUGCCCUGGAUCGAAGGAGGUGAUGAUGGAGGCUUUUCUGACUUUGAUUCGGGAUAUGGAAUCGGAUGAGCUGAAGGCAGUGUAUAACACCAUGACGUCGAAGGGAAUGAGGGUGCAUGUUGACAUGGAGGAGUUUCUUGAUAGGCGCAGGGCAGAAUCGUCGAGGGAGAAGAAGGGAUGA